AUGCGUCUCGUCCAGUGUGGGAUACCAAUUCUCAAUCACUACACUUUAGAUGCUAUUGAGAAUCCACGCCUUCAGCGCCUCAAGAUGAAAGUGGCCCCCUACAUCUUCACUGCAGUAUGGCGCGCAGGGAAACAACUUUGCAUACCAGACGCCCUGUCUCGCUCCCCAACCAGUAGCCCCACACCUGAAGAUGAAGAGGAGUGCACUACUUCGACUGCACAUGUCAGGCGUAUCGUUGCCAGCACCGCCACUUCCACUGACGACCAGGCAACAGGACCCAUCAUCGAAGAAGACAAGUCUCUACAAGAAAUCCGCACGGCCGCAUCCCAGGAUCAAGAUUACAGUCGUCUCAUUCACUACGUCUCCAAUGGUUUUCCUACCAACCGCUAUGAUCUCCACGCUUCCGCCCUCCCGUAUUGGAAGCUGCGGGACAACCUUUACGCGGAUGGAGGGUUAGUAUUGUAUGGACCCCGGAUCGUCAUCCCUGCAGCCCUCCGUAGACGCACCUUGGAUCGACUCCACGACAGCCAUCGAGGGAUUGAAGCUACUCGACGUCGUGCAAUGCAGACAGUAUUCUGGCCAGGUAUCAAUGCAGAUAUCAAGAGUAAAGUAGAAAGCUGUGAGGCUCCCCUCCUGCCAAACAGCUUCUCUCUAGUCAGCAACAAGAACCUUACAUGUGUGACGACCAUCCAUCCCGGCCCUUCGAAAGUAUGUCAGCUGAACUUCUUCCACGUAGCAGGGAAAUCCUUCUUGUUAUUGCUGAUAGGCUUUCAGGCUGGCCUGUGGUGUUCCUGUGGACGUGACACAACUAUAGCCAGAGUUACAAGAAUGUUCUGUGUUUUCUUCCGCGAGGUUGGUGUUCCACUCCGCUUACGAACUGAUGGAGGACCCCCAUUUUCCAGCCAUGACUUCAAGCAAUUUGCCGACCGCUGGGGAGUUCAUCACAUCACUUCUCCACAUUACCCUCAGGCUAAUGGACACGCAGAAGCUGCAGUGAAAGCUGUUAAACACCUUAUCAUCAAGACUGCCCCAUCCGGGAACAUAGAUUGUGAAGCCUUUGAUAGAGGACUGCUGGAGCUUCGGAAUACACCAAACCCUGCUGGACGCUCCCCUGCGCAGAUCCUUUAUGGCCAUCCUCUCCGCACUUGUGUUCCAGCUCACCCCAGAUCAUUCACAGAGGAGUGGCAAACUGAGACUGAAGAUUACGACCGUCGCACUGCUGCCCAAACCGACCAAGCCAUGAGCCUUUACAAUUCUCAUGCCCGCCCUCUACCCAAGCUCACCAUCAGCCAACGAGUUAGGAUACAGGACUCAACGACGCUUCGAUGGGACAAGGUUGGCAUCGUGAUAGGCCGCGGAAUGUCAAGAAAGUAUGAAAUACGCCUUCCAAGUGGUCGUGUAUGGCUUCGAAACCGAAGACAUUUACGCCCAGUGGCUAACAUGAGUGAUGACACCUCUCCUCAAGUCCCUGUGUCCCCUUGCUUUGGCCAGGAAAGAGAGCCAUCAUUCGAACCCUCCAAUGUCCCUCGUCAUUCACCUCGACUAGCUCAGAGGAAUUAA